AUCGAAACCCCUUGGACAAAGGAAGUUCGAAAGAAUAGACCUUGUAGUUGUGUACUUGCUGACAGUGUUGCUGAUACAGAAGCGCACGCUGGCAUAAAGCAUUGAUCGUCGAGAUGGCUACCCAAGCACCUCCAAUCGGCAUAGAUCUCGGCACAACCUACUCGUGUGUCGGCAUCUGGCAACAUGACCGGGUAGAAAUCAUCCCCAACGAUCAAGGCAACAGGGUCACGCCAUCGUACGUAGCCUUCACCGACACGGAGCGGCUCGUCGGUGACGCAGCAAAGAACCAGGUGGCCAUGAACCCCCAGAAUACCGUCUUUGACGCCAAGCGGCUGAUCGGACGGAAGUACAACGAUCCCACCGUCCAGGCAGACAUCAAGCACUGGCCCUUCAAGGUCGUGGACGGGCCAGACCACAAGCCCUUCAUAGAAGUGACAUUCAAGGGGGAGACAAAGCGCUUUUCGCCAGAGGAGAUUUCCAGCAUGGUCCUGGCCAAAAUGCGCGACGUGGCGCAGGCGUACGUUGGGGAGAGUAAGCAGGUGAACCGCUCGGUGGUGACUGUACCGGCCUACUUCAAUGACUCACAGCGCCAGGCGACAAAGGACGCCGGCGUGAUAGCCGGGCUUGAUGUUCUGCGGAUCAUCAACGAGCCGACGGCUGCCGCCAUUGCGUACGGGCUCGACAAGAAGGAGACCGGCGACAAGGUCAAGGACCGCCAGGUGCUGAUAUUCGACUUGGGCGGGGGCACCUUUGAUGUGUCGCUGCUGACAAUCGACGAGGGCAUCUUCGAGGUCAAGGCCACCGCGGGGGACACCCACCUGGGCGGGGAGGACUUUGACAACCGCCUCUCCCAAUUCUGCAUCAACGAGUUUAGGCGCAAGCACAAGAAGGAUCCGAGCGCGUCCCCCCGCGCGGUGCGGCGGCUGCAGACGGCCUGCGAACGCGCCAAACGCACGCUCAGCGCAUCAACCCAGACCUCCAUCGAGAUCGAUUCCCUGUACGAGGGAAUUGACUUCUACACGACCAUCACUCGCGCGCGCUUCGAGGAGCUCAACAUGGACCUCUUCCGGCGCUGCAUGGAGCCCGUGGAAAAAGUGCUGCGGGACGCGAAGAUGGACAAGGGGAGCAUCCACGACGUGGUGCUGGUGGGGGGCAGCACGCGCAUCCCCAAGAUCCAGAAGAUGCUGUCGGACUUCUUCAAUGGCCGCGAGCUCAACAAGUCCAUCAACCCCGACGAGGCCGUAGCCUACGGCGCAGCCGUGCAGGCGGCGAUCCUGGGCGGGGAAGUUCACGAGAAGGUGCAGGAUCUGCUGCUGCUGGACGUGGCGCCCCUGUCUCUGGGCAUCGAGACGGCUGGCGGAGUCAUGACCACGCUGAUCCCGCGCAAUACCACCAUCCCCACCAAGAAGGAGCAGGUGUUCAGCACGUACAGCGACAACCAGCCCGCCGUCUUCGAGGGCGAGCGCAGUCGCACGCGCGACAACAACCUGCUCGGCAAGUUCGAGCUGACGGGGAUCCCUCCUGCCCCGAGAGGGGUCCCCCAGAUCGGGGUCUCUUUCGACAUGGAUGCCAACGGUAUUCUCAACGUCCACGCCGAGGACAAGACCACAGGCAAGAAGAACAAGAUCACGAUUACCAACGACAAGGGCCGCCUCAGCAAGGACGAGAUCGAGCGCAUGGUGCAGGACGCUGAGAAGUACAAGGCGGAGGAUGAGUCAGCCAAGGAGAAGAUAGAGGCCAAGAACGCUCUGGAGAACUACGCCUACCAGCUGCGCAACAGCAUCCGCGACGAACAGGCGCGCUGCUUUGUGGCGAGCAAGCUGAGCCCUGAGGACAAAGAGAAAAUGGAGAAGGCAGUUGAGGACACUAUCCAGUGGCUGGACUCAAACCAGCUGGCAGAGAAGGAGGAGUUUGAGGACAAGCGCAAGGAGCUCGAGUCCAUCGCCAACCCCAUCCUGUCCAAGAUGUACCAGGGUGGCGGCGGCGAGGAAGGCGGCAUGCCAGGUGGCAGGCCAGGAGGAAUGCCAGCUGGUGGAGCGCCAAGUGGCGGCCCCACAGUGGAGGAGGUUGACUAAGAAGGAGGUUGACUAAUACCUCCUGGAAGAUGACUAAUAUCUCCACUCAAGCUUGAACUUCCAAUGAGCGCUCUGCGCAAGCAAGCAGCUCUUUCUUGACCGGCCGAAGAUCGAGGUUGAUUCCCUGCUAGAAAGUCACCAUGAUGCUGCCCCCCUCAACGGUGCACCCUCAGAGAGAUCUGAGCGAUCUGUCAAGGAAACAGCAGCCUCUGAAGAGGCCUGGAAAAGGACUUGCAAGCGCUAUUGAAUGGCUCUUGCUGGCCAGCGCAGUGUAGAGCAAGCUUACAGAUUGCGGCUGCCGAGUUUGGAUGAACGGAUGACCUUGUAUCUGCUGUACAACAUGAGCUUUUGGUGAUGUAUAACAGGGCUGUGCAUCUUGUGUAUUUUUGCUUUUGACAUGCCGAUCUUCAGUUUUGACUGAUUAUGUGGGAAUGUCUUCACGUGGGUUUUCAGGGCAAGAGAACGUGGUGUGCUAGUUGCAAGAGUGCUGUAAAUAUGUCAUAGCUUGCAUUGAAAAGAGAAGAAAACAUGCAUUAGCGUUUACACGAGGUCAGAGGAGUGCUUGUGCACAACUGUGUUUCGUAUCUUAUUAUAUGCUUUACAGCAUCUUGGUGCUUUUUAUGUGCUGACAUCUAGAGGGGAAGGCAGAUACUGAAAUGUUCCUAUGAUUUUAUUUUUUCUGACAUAGCUCAAGGUGUGCUUGGCCCUGAUGGGUGCUGCGGUGCAUAUGUAAAUGAGCUAUGCAGAU